AUGGGGAGGAGCAGGAGGCAGAGAGGGGGCAGCCCGGUGGGUGGUUUGGGACAUGAUGGGCACGUUAACCAGGUUUAGCAAGGGAGAUUUUGAAGAGGACUGGCUUCUGCUGGCCAGUGGAGGUUUCAGCCAGGUCUUCCAAGUGAGGCACAAAAGAUGGAGAACAGUCUACGUGGUGAAAUGCUUCCCUGGCCUUCAACAAGCUCCCACCUUGGACAGAGCCACCCUAGACUUUCUCAAUGAGGAGGCGGGUAAGAUGGAGAAAGUCAAAUUCCAGCACGUUGUGUCCGUCUACGGCCUCUGCGACAGCCCUGCGGGGAUCGUGAUGGAGCACAUGGCUGGGGGCUCCUUGGAGAAGGCUCUUCCCACCCACCGAAUGACGUGGCAGCUGAAAUCCCGCAUCAUCCAGGAGACAAGCUUGGGCAUGAAUUUCCUGCACGGCCUGAACCCUCCUUUGCUCCACCUGAACUUAAAGCCAGGAAAUAUCCUCCUGGAUACCCACAUGCACGUCAAGAUUUCAGAUUUUGGCUUGUUCAAGUGGAUGGAGGUAUCCAGCGGGUUGCCGUACAUCGAGAGGUCAGCCCUGAGCAACUCCUUGGGCUACGUUGCCCCUGAGAUGCUUCUGCAAAGCUCUGCACCACCGGGAAUCAAGUGUGAUGUCUACAGCUUUGGGAUUGUCAUGUGGGAGGUUCUAACGCAGAAGAGAGCCUUCGCAGGGGUUAGCAUGGAAACUGUUAUUGUGGGCGUGGCCGCAGGUAAGCAUCCCUGCCUGGAUCUCAUUGGGGAUGACUGCCCAGGAGAGUGCCUCCAAAUGGUCAAUGUGAUGAAGAGAUGCUGGGACCAGCAGCCCAAGAGGAGGCCAAAUUUCACAGAUAUCUCAGCAGAGCUGGACAUAUUACUGUCCUUAAUCCAAAGCCCUGUGGUGAACUUGAAGAAGGAGCACCUCUCCAGAAAGACGUCACUAAGGCCCAGCUUCUCUGGAAGUGGAGAGAGCAACAAAGAUGGAUGUCCCCUCUCUCAGGGAAUGAGCAGCCUUGCUGGUGAAAAGGACAAGGAUCUCUUCCACAGCUCCCUUCAGAAUGUGGUUGAAAACCUGGAAUCCUUCGUCAUAUCUGAAGAAGCCACUGAGAACAGGCCAGAUUUCCUUCACUGCCUGGUGGCUGACGGGAAUCUGGAGCAAGUGGCCGUCCUUUUGAGGCAGGGAGCUGAUGUGAACGGGAAAACCCCCUGCGGGUACACUGCUCUCAUCUUGGCUGUCCAGAAGAGGUCUCUGGAGAUGGUCUCUCUCCUCCUUCAGCAUGGUGCAGAUCCCAGCACGCCUGACAACGAUGGCUGGACGCCUCUUCACUUUGUCACUCAGAACGGGGAUGACAGAAUCGCCCGCCUGCUGCUUGACCACAAGGCUGAGGUGGAUGCCCAAGAACUGGAUGGGUGGACGCCCCUGCACUUGGCGUCCCAGAACAACUUUGAAAGUGUAGUCCGCCUCCUCCUCUCACGCCAAGCUGACCCAAACAUCCAGGAGAGCGAAGGACGGACGGCUUUGCAUGUAGCUGCUUAUUACGGGCAAGUCAAGCUUGCUAAGAUGCUGACCAGUCAAGGGGCAGAUGUGGAAAAGAGGCAGAAGAACCACCGAACCGCACUUCACGUUGCUGUAGAGAAAGGGAAGUUCAGGGUGGUCCAGAGCCUCCUGAAGAACAGAGCUGCAGUUAACUGCCUGGACCAAAAUCUUUGCACCCCUUUGCAUCUGGCUGUAUUAAAAGGGAAAUACCUCACCUGUGAAAUGCUGAUACGAUACGGAGCCAAUGUGGAUCUCUCAACAGACAAGGGAUGGACCCCUUUGCAUCUGGCAUCCUUGAAGGGUCAUGUGGAAAUCAUCAGCCUCCUGGUUGGCAACUAUGCCCAGGUGAAUGCCCGGGGCAGCCUGGGUUGGACGCCUCUGCACUUGGCAAUGCGCUAUAGCGAAGAGCACGUUGCCUCUGAGCUGUUGAGGCAAGGAGCGGACCCAAAUGCUGCUGAGAACUCAGCCUGGACUCCUCUGCAUUUGGCGGUGCAGCGCGGCUCCUUGCCCGGCACUGUGAGUCUCCUGGAGUACAAGGCAGACGUCAACAGCAAGAACAAGUCGGGUUGGACGCCCGCCCACCUUGCAGUCCUCAAAGGGAACCUGCCUAUGAUACAGACUUUGCUCCAAGCUGGUGCUCUCCUGGAGAUGGAGGACGACACAGGUUGUACGCUCCUCCAACUUGCCAUGAGGAGUCAGAAGCAAAACAUUGUGGACUUUCUGCAAGGCCAGAAAUCUUCAGAAGCUGAUUCAAUGAGCCCUGAGGUGUGAACAGAAGACCUUGAGAAACAAACUAGUAAGGCGUUGGUUGCCUCAUCCAGGACAUGGCUUCGUGUGGGAUGGGGGGGCUCAGCCCAUGAGAAUUCACACAGGCGGCCAUUUCAUGUCCUGUCCCAGUUCCUCCACAUGACCAAGCUAGGAACAGAGCCAUUGGUCCUUCAUUCAUAGGCGUAAUGGAGAGGAGGGCGGGAAGAGGGGGAGACAACCCCUGGUUGGCUGAGUGAGUGCCUUUGUGAGGGGUGGUAAAAGGAACAUUUUGGGUGGCAGAAGGAACAAGAAUCAAAAGUUCCAGGAACCUUUACAUCAGUGACAAUAGGUCAGUAUUAUUAUCCCCCCGUGUUCUGGAUGAACAAAUGAGGUUUUUAUAUACAGUAAAGCAUUCAGUUGCUCCCUUUGACCUGUUCUGGUGACUGGAAGCAGCAAAGCAGUCAACCCCCAAAAAACUGGUUAAAGUGCAAAAACAUCACAAUCAACUAAACACAACGCCCUAAACCCCGCCUGUACAAUGAUGCCAAACAGUGAACAGACAUGAGUAUCUAUUAAAUCAUAUGAACAUUUAAAGUAAACAGAGGCAUGGUGAAACUGGCAAUAAGCAUAAAUUCCCAAUAUGCAACCAGAGAGUCUCGAAGUCAGGAAGGUACAGCAGUCCAAAGGGUGUCAUGCAAAAGAAUCCAAACCGAACAAGAGCAUUGCCAGGAGUGGGUCUCUUGUCUGGAUUGGAUUUUUUUUUUUUGCACAGCGCAUUU